AACAACAACAACAACAACAACAACAACAACAACAACAACAACAACAACAACAACAACAACAACAGCAGCAGCAGCAGCAGCAGCAGCAGCAGCAGCAACAGCAGCAGCAGCAGCAGCAGCAACAGCAGCAGCAGCAGCCAGGGGGUCCCCUCUACAGUCUCUCUCGUAAAAGUCUUCCGUGAGCGGGCAAUCGCUGCAACAACCCCGCGGCUACUCUCGCCUAGUACCCAGUAGCGGCUGCCUGUUUCCAGGGAUGGAAAGCUGCCGCCUUGGAGGGCCCCUGGCGGGUACUGUGAACCGCUGCGCCAGAUGUGUUGCCGCCCUCGUCGCCUCUCAGAAGUAGAGACUUUGUGGCGGAACUGUUGCUUUUUAAUGGUCAGGUAAGGCAUUAAAUAUGCAAGAUGUGGCUUACCGCAACGACUCUUACGUAAUAGUCACGAUAAGGAAAGGAAAGGAAAGGAAAACUGCAUUCAUUUUUUUAAAGUGAGGAAAUUUUUUUUCAGGAUCGUCACUGGCAGGUCAGGAGUUUGUGCGAAAGAAAACCUUGAUGUCUUGUUCACGUCAUUAUUCCGGUAUCGCAUCCACGAUGAAGACGCGUUGCUGUGGUAGUGGAGUGGUAGUGUGGUAUACGCCGACCCAGAGAGAUCAAUGACCACCCUUGAUUGUAAUGUCAUGAUUCUGCCUGUCACGAACUUUCCGAACACUCAAUAAACCUUCUCACGACCACUGGUUUAAUUGCUGAGACGAGCGCGUCCUUACUACACAGACCAUCAGGACGUAACGCACGUCUGUCUCCUCCAAGACAAUGAUUUAUGGACGCAUUUAUAUUUACAUGGAGCUACGCUGUUGCUGAGUCCACUGUUUCCAGGCUUCUCGUCCUUCGUAGAUUUCCCAACGCAAAACCACACGCGCGCUGACAGUAAGGAGGGGACGCACGAAGGGGGGAAACUCUCGGCAAGGUAUAUAAGGCGGCGGCAACACCUAAGGAACCAUUAAUAAGCCUUCACCUGCGCGGGAAGGACGUGCUGGCCCUUCGGUGAGACGCCCACGCCACAACAGCGAGGGCACGUGGCAGUCAUGGAGAAUCGGUGGAAAGUGGCGGGCGCGGCGAUGGUUGUGGCGGCGGUGCUGGCGGUGGGGGCAGCAGCGCAGCACCAGCUCUCCAACACCUCCCUCGCCAUCAGCGUGCCUCUGCAGGAGCUCGUCGCAGCGGCCUCCUCGAAUCGCUUCAGCUCGCUGGCUCAGGUCUCCCAGGGUGCAAACAGUGCCGAGGGAGUCCUGGAGGCAUCUUUAGACUCCACGUCAAAUGAAGAAUUUCGCCUCACGCCCGUUAAGCUCACUCAGACGGGCCCUGCUGACUUCCCUGACGAGGCCUCAGAAGACCCUGGCACGCUCAACCUGGAAGCCGAUGAUCCGUUUUUUAUUGUGGAUGGCGCGUCUGGCAACAGGUCGCCCGGGGGUGAUGCUGGCACACCUGAUGAGGCUGACAUUACUUUUCCGAACGACCUUACUGAGGAUCCUUCCUUGACUACAGUGAUCCCACCUGACGUGGAAGACUUUCAAACCCGACACCAAACAUCUAAUCCAGUUGAUGAUCUAGGUCAGAACGCCUCACCGCCCGAUGACGCGAACACCAUUGAACACUUUAGGGCGGCAGAGAAUCGUAACGCCAAGACUAAUGAAGGUGUCUUUGAGGUCGGUGGGAACGACUCCAUCCUGCCACCUCUCACCGAGGACUUCGUAGCUCAAGCUGAGCAGUCCCUUGACGCUGCUUCAGAGGACGUGAUUCCGAAAUCCUCACCCGUAAACACACCGUCCCUUGAGGAGCAGUUCGAGGGCCCGGCAGACUUUUCUCAGGUGGAUGACCCCCUGCCAACCGAGAUGCUUGAUUUGGAAUUAUCCACUGGCGUCAUCGAUGAAGAAACAUUGUUAACUGAACCCUCUCCCACAGACUUCCUGCUUGCACUUGAAACACCCUCGGAAGGUGCAGAGCCUGGUUCAGUUUCUUUUUUGGAAAAACCCACACCAGAACCCGUCUUCGCCGAGGCACCUCCAGCAAACUUGUCACCUGCUCCAGUGCCUGUCAGAAUAUCUUUAGACGACCCAACACUUGCUCCCAUUCCUGAGAAAAUAAUUCUAGAGGGACCAGCUCCUGAUCACCUCAAUAACGAAGUGCCAGAAGGGACAGCACCUGAAAGAGGAAGGGAGCAGCAAGCUACGCGUAACCCUGAGACAAUACCAGAGACAGGCGACGUGGAUUCUGGGCUGCAGGAAAUUGUUGACACAAUAGAAUCUUCUGGAGAUAAUAUUCAUGUUGAGCCUCACUCAGAUGUUCAGAUUCCGGGCACCGAACCCACUGUGGCGGCCCAGCGAGACUCCUUCCUGGAUCCCGCAGGCACUGCCGCCAUUCCAACAGCGGAGGGUGCUGCUCACACUCAACUGCCGCCCCCUGGGACUCAGGAUAAACUAGUGACUGAACUAAAUGUUCAGUCGCCGCCCCCUGGAACUCAGGGCAGACUCGUGACUGAACUAAAUGUCCAGUCGCUGCCACCUGGAAAUCAGGAUAUACUCGUGACUGAACUAACUCCUCAGUCGCCGCCCCCUGUGACUCAGGACAGACUCGUGACUGAAAUAAAUGACCGGUCGCCGCUCUUAGGGACUGAAGAAAGUCUCGUGACUGAGGCUGCAGCCCUGACUGCCUCUGCUGACGCUGGCAGGCUUUCAGAGCCCCAGUUUGGAGCACACCCAAUAAGCGGAGACACCGUGCUGCUCGUGGAGGGCCUUCCUGAGGGGGAUGGCAGCGCGCCGGAGGACGCAGUCGAUCCUUUUGCUCCUGAAAUUGAAAAUUUCAAUCUUGACCCGCCAAUAGACGCUCAGGAGCUGGCAGUUGUGCCUGAGUGGAUUGCCGACGACCCUGUGUCUGGCGUGAUCUUCGACCACUCAGAGGUCGACCAGGACCCCGCGCUGCCCAUGGACAACGUGGAGGAGUUCUUUGUGGCCGAGGACCCUCAGGCAGAGGACCAGAAGAAGGCGGCGCCCGGGGCGACCGUGACAGAGGUGAAGCAGCAGCUGCAGGAGGAUGAGGUGCAUAUCGCGCCUCUGCCAGACGCCGUGCCCUUCAGCCCCGCCGAGGUGCACCUCUCCCAAGAGAUGCAUGACGCCGUGAGGGACGCCAUACAUGCUCAGAUCGCCGCCAUGGACGUCUUUGGAAUGAAGAUGCCAGUACAGGCAGAAGCUGCUCCUCCUGCACCACCACCACCACCACCACCACCUCCUCCUCCUCCUCCUCCUCCUCCUCCUCCUCCUCCUCCUCCUCCUCCUCCUCCUCCUCCUCCUCCUCCUCCUCCUCCUCCACCACCACGACCAUUGUCUCCUACUGUUGACUUCACUCCAGAUCUUGCCCCAGUUCUGAGUCCUAACCCUCCCCCAGAACAGCUCACCCCAGCGCCCGCACCAGCCUCUGUCCCAACACCAGUUCGGCGUCCAGCACCCCAGCCCAGCACCAGACCACCACCAGUCAAGAUUCAGGAGCCACCAGCACCAGCACCACCUGUCUUUGAGUCAUCCUACUUUUCUACUCCCGCUCCUGCUCCAGUCAUACACACAACAGCAGCACCUAAGCCAGCACGACCAGCUUACCGGCCAAGACCUAAGCCAACCCGCCCAACAUAUGCUCCAGCACCCAAGCCAACCCGCCCAGCUUAUCGCCCAAGACCUAAACCAACCCGGCCAUCAUAUCACCCCCAACCAAAGCCAACCCACCCAACCUACCGCCCACCUCGUCCAGCCAAGCCCGCUGCUCUUCCCCCUAAGGCUCCUCCUGCCACACAUCCUCCCGGCCGACCUCCGAUGUCUUACUUCCACAUACAGGAGCCGAAACCAGAGCAUUUCAAGCCUCCCUCCCAUCACGGAUCUACGCACCGCCCCCCUCCAUCUUCCCAUGACGCCAACUCCCACCACGCCAGGCCUCGUCCUCACCCUCGUCCUCGUCCUAAUCCUCCCUCACACAAACCUCCGCCUCCUGCCACCUAUGCGCCUCCCCGUUCUACCUACAAGCCUCGUCCCGCUGCUCAUUACAAACCUCCCACUACCACAACGCCUCCCUCUUCCUAUCACAGGCCAGCGCCCAGACCCAAGCCUUCCUACGGGACGCGCCACAAGGACACUCCCAUCACUACAGCCAAGCCACAUUACAGACCCACACAGGCGACCCACAAACCCCCCAAGGCACAGAAACCCAUUCUGGCUCCCUUGUUGGUUCCUGUUGACCUUCACAGCAUCGUGAUACCGAAAGGUGUGCCCUCCUUUGUCCACCGCAAGCCUCGGCCUCCCUCUCCCUUCCACAUCCCGUUCUUCUUCAGGACAGAACGCAAGCAGAGACUUCAGGUGCCGGAGUCUGUGAAAAGUCGCCUGGAUUCGGAUCAGCCAGAGUGGGUGGCUGAUCUAGAGCCAAAGCGCCGCUAGAGGGAUGACCCGACACCCCUGCACUGGCAAAGUCACGGGGCGUCACUAACUGGACACGCCGAGUCCCGGGAAGCUGGCAAUACUUGAUGCGCAAGACUUCCGGAGCCACAAUUCAAGCUGGGGCGAAACACUCACUCUCUGUCGCGAUUCAACCAAGAUCGUGCAGCUUCUCGAGACUCGGUUGCCUCCUUGCUCAAAUCAAAAUGCCACUGAAUACCAGAUGAUCAUUAACGGAGAUGUACAGGUGUAGGUUCAGUGUUCACUGUUAAUGCAUUACUUGUAGGUUUAUGUAAAUAGAUUAUGACUGGAAUUUUAACCUCCAGUAUGUUGUUACUCUUUACACCUGAACAGUGAGGUGUUAAAAGAGUAAUUAAUGUGUUCUCAGGUGAGCUAUUCUUUACGAUUAUAUGUAAAUGCUUUGUAACUUGUUCGAGGUGUGUAUUUAGCAGUAUUUGUUAUUGUUAUGGAAAGAAAAUAAUAUUUAUUAAAAUCAUAUAUUGCUAA